GUCGGCGAUCGACCGUCCCAGUUCCAUGUCUCUGCGCCAUCCCUCCGCUGCCCCUCGGACUUGCCGCCUCUUUUGGUGCUACCAGUGCCACCGCGCCGUCCGCCUCAUCUGCUCUCCUUCCUCUGACAUCCUUUGCCCCCGCUGCUACGGCCGCUUCCUCCACGAGAUCGAUCUCCCCCGCCCUCGUCUAGUCAUCGAGUUCACACCCGUACACCCCUUCCCUCCUCAGCAGCCCCACCACUUCCACCACCACCCCCUCUUCCCCCCGCCCAAUCGACGCGGUUACUCUGACCUCGACCGCCUCCCCCGCCUCAACUCCAAUGAUCCCACCGCCCGCGGUGGCCAUCCUCCCCCGUACCUGGUCUCCCUUCCGAGGCCCGUCCAUCCUAAUCCACGCAGACCACCUACUACGGUACCAGUUGCACGACCGGAGGACUUCUACACCGGGCCUAAUUUGAACGAGUUGAUCGAGGAUCUCACCCAGAACGACCGCCCGGGGCCACCGCCGGCGCCAUCCACCGCCAUCAGUGCCCUUCCGACGGUUAACAUCGCCGACGCCCACCUCACCGACGGCUCCCAAUGCCCUGUCUGCAAGGAAGAAUUCUCCCUCGGCGAGGAGGCAAAGCAAAUGCCCUGCAAGCACGUCUACCACUCCGACUGCAUCGUGCCGUGGCUUAACCUACACAACUCCUGCCCGGUGUGCCGGUUUCAGCUUCCCGGCGGCCGGCAGCAAGAGAACAACGCAACUGCCGCCGGCGCAAACAGAGGUGCCAGCUCACAUCCCGGGGGAAGAUGGAACUGGAACACCUUCUUCACCCUGUGGCCUUUCGGAGAGCAGCCAUCGCGAGCGGGAAACUUCCCUUAUCGGAGACGGGAUGAGAACGACAACAAUACGAGCAACGACUUCACUGUUCUUCCCGCUUUCUUUCUCGUGUCUCUCUGUUUCCUCUUCUUCUCAUUCUUUCUCUGAAACAACUACAUGGAUUCAAAAGUUGGAAGGUUCAACUCGUUGUGAUCAAUUGUUUAUCCGAUUGUAUAUUUAUAUGUAAUUAAAU